AACGCUCCCCACGCCGGUCGGGUCGCGUCAUUGCGGCUCGAUGGUCAGCCGGCGCGGAAGCGUUUCACCUGGGACCACGCGAAUCGUGCGGCAUCGGGGCCGUGGCCGCGGUCAUGUCUUGUCGUAGUGUUUCCAAAGAGGCGCUGGUUGGAUCGGUCACGCUGGGAGUGGUUUUCGUCGCCGGGUACCUCUUUGGGAAAAAUAAAUCUUCCAGAAUGAGCAUCUCCAAAAGUCAUUCUGGGGGAAAAGACAACCCACUGAUGCAGUACAUCCUCAAUCACUCCAUUAGGGAGCAUCCGGUCCUGAAAAACCUCAGGCUGAGGACAAUGGAAGACUCGUGGAACAUCAUGAUGGUCGCCUGUGAGCAGUCGCAGUUCAUGGUGAUUCUGGCAAAACUUAUAAAAGCCAAGAAGGCAUUAGAGAUCGGAGUAUACACAGGCUACAACACACUGAACAUGGCACUGUCUUUGCCUGACGAUGGAGUUGUGGUGGCAUGUGAUAUCAGUGAAGAUUACACCAACAUUGGAAAACCCUUCUGGAAAGAGGCUGGAGUCGAGCAAAAAAUUGAUCUACGCAUACAGCCAGCACUGAAAACUCUAGAUGAUCUCCUUGCUGCUGACCAGGCCGGAACAUUUGACUUUGUCUUCAUUGAUGCAGACAAAGUUAACUACGACAGUUACUAUGAAAAGUCUCUUCAGCUAUUGAGGAAAGGAGGCAUCAUUGCUAUCGACAAUGUGCUGUGGGGCGGGAAGGUGCUGAAUCCGGCUCCUGAUGACGCAGACACCGUGGCCAUUGACAAGCUGAACAAGAAGUUGCACAAAGAUGUUCGCAUCAGCCUCAGCAUGCUCGCAGUGGGAGACGGGCUCACAAUAGCUGUCAAACUAUAGGACAAGUGUCUGAUAGGGACAAUGAUUUAUAGGUCUUUGAGAGUGACACUAGGAUAAUGUGAAUUAUCAUUUGGAGUCUGUGAUGGUAGCGGAAACAUACAUAUAUAUUGUCUAGGCUCAUGUUUCUAGAGGUUACUAUGGAGCUCAUGGAACAUGUAUUUUUAACUAGUUUUAUGGUUAGCAUUAUUAGAAGACGAAGUGCAGCGUUUGAAUGAAACAGUGAAUGAAUGUUUUUUAAAAAACCAACAAACUGUACAUCCCAUACCAUUCUCCACAUUGGCUAGUUACAUUAUGUAUUGUAGGCAAUUUACAGGAGAGGAUAAAG